AUGGCUUCAGCUACCAAUGUUUCUGCACAAAUUAGCAGUAUUCCUAUGCUGAAUGGUUCAAACUUUAAAGUUUGGAAGGAUACCAUGGAGAUUGUCCUCGGUUGUAUGGACCUAGAUAUAUCUCUUCGAGAGGAGAAACCCACUUCCACUCCGGAAAACCUCAAUGAGGUUAAAAUAGAGAAGUGGGAGAAAUCCAAUCGAAUGAGCAUUAUGAUCAUGAAACGCUCAAUUCCUGAGGCGUUUCGGGGCUCAAUUACUGAGGAUAAAGAUGCCAAACAGUUCCUAAAGGAUGUUGAGAAAUUCUUUACUAAGAAAUUCAGUGCUCACAUGCCUUUAUCUUCUCAGUAUAAAAGAAAGCGUGAUACUACUGCGGAUGCGCCUUCUCAGCAGAAAAAGGCUAAGAAACAGGAUCAAGUUUCAACUUGUUUCUUCUGUAAAAAGGUGGGACACAUGAAGAAGGAUUGUACCAAAUAUGCCACUUGGCGUGUAAAGAAGGGUAUAAUUCUUACUUUUGUUUGUUCUCAGGCUAGUUUAAGUUAUGCACCUGUUGAUACUUGGUGGGUAGAUUCUGCUGCUAAGUGUGAGAGUGACGGCCACACCCCCACUUCCCCUGUCCCCUUCUCCUUCCCCACAUGCGCGACACUGCGACAGGCCGACAGCUUCCCUCUCCAAAUCCCACCGCCGAACAGAGGAGAACCCCCACCGCCGGUGCACGACCCAGCCUCUAGCCCUCCACCGAACAGCGUUUCUGGAGCCACCUCUGACCACGCCACCUGCGACCUCGCCGCCUCUAGUCCACCCAGCACUCCAGCAGCGUUUCUGGAGCCACCCCCAACCUCGCCACGUCCGACCUCACCGCCUGCAGUCCACCCAUCAGCGUUUCUGGAGCCCACCCACGACCUCGACACGUCCGACCUCGCCGCCUCAAGUCCACCCAGCAGCGUUUCUGGAGCCCAGCCACCCAGCCACCGAUUGUCGGAUUCAAGUUCAUAUGGAGCCCGAGCCAUCUAUUCAGACGUCUUAGCCAUGCCAGUUUCCACAGUUGCUUCAGAAUCGGCAUUUAGUACUGGAGGAAGGGUGUUAAAUAAUUAUAGGAGUUCUCUAACACCGAUGACAGCUGAAGCGUUAAUUUGUACCCAAAAUUGGCUCCGAAACUCUCCAAAACUUGUCCUUGAGGAACUCAUCGAGGAAUUGGAGAAGUUGGAAUUAGAAGUUGCACCCACUCGUGAUCCCAAUGAAGAAGAUUCUGGUGUUGAGUCUGAUUAAAGUACAUCUUGUUAAGUUGUUAUGGUUGGUUUGCAUUAUGAAGUUAGCUAUUUUGUUGGAGAAGAUACCAUAACUUUGCUAAUGACAAUUUAUUUUUAUUUUCAGUUGUGUUGGCUGUUGAACUAUUAAACUUCUUUAAUUGUCGUAUUUGAAUUCUGUUGUCGUUAUAUUUCAUUAGAUCAAUACUUUGUUAGCUAUUGUGUAUUUUGGUUUGUCGAUUUCAGUGU